AUGGUCACCUCAAUUCCAGCAGACAGACAGGAACCGAUUUUUGCCCAAAAUCUGGGAUUCUGUGCUGGAGAUCUGGAUACGGACUUUUUGGAACAACUGCAACGCCCGCUGGGCGCUUAA